UGAUUUGAGAUGGGUAUGGGAUGGAUGAAGACGCCAGAGAAAGGGCGAGGGGGAGCAAGGAUAGGAGGUGGUGUCGCGGUUUGUGGGAACAAGAUGACGUUAAUAAUAGUCAACAUUUACAGGAUUUUACCAUACUGGACUCCAUUCUAAAACUCUUUAUAUGCUGUAACUCAUUUAACAUCCAGUCCUAUGAGACUGGUACUCUUACAGCCUCAUUUUAUAGAAGGGGAAACAGGCUCAGAGAAGUUAAGGAAAGUGCACAACGACAGACAUGAAAAUUUCAGAGCCAGGACUGGCACUCUGGUAGGCUGAUGCCAGAAUAUAUCUCUAAGCUCCACACAGUGGUUGACCCCCAUCAGAAUGUAAAGAAAAUGACAUAAAGGAUGCAUGGUCAUGGAGGCUAUGACUCUGAUUUUAGUGAUGAUGAACACGGUGGAGAAUCUAACAAAAGGAAAAAAAGGACAAUUGAAGAUGAUAUAUUGCUCAAAAAGCCAUUUCAGAAAGAAAAACAUGGAAAAGUGGCCCAUAAACAAGUUGCAGCAGAAUUGCUGGAUAGGGAAGAAGCAAGAAAUAGAAGGUUUCACCUCAUAGCCAUGGAUGCUUAUCAAAGGCACACAAAAUUUGUAAAUGACUAUAUUUUAUACUAUGGUGGCAAAAAAGAAGACUUUAGGCGAUUGGGGGAAAAUGACAAGACAGACAUGGAUGUUAUACGAGAAAAUCAUAGAUUCCUAUGGAAUGAGGAGGAUGAAAUGGACAUGAAUUGGGAGAAGAAACUUGCAAAGAAAUACUAUGAUAAAUUAUUCAAGGAAUACUGCAUAGCAGAUCUCAGUAGAUACAAAGAAAAUAAGUUUGGAUUUAGGUGGCGAAUAGAAAAAGAAGUAAUUUCAGGAAAAGGCCAGUUUUUCUGUGGAAAUAAAUGUUGUGAUAAAAAAGAAGACUUGAAGAGUUGGGAAGUUAACUUUGGUUAUGUUGAGCAUGGUGAGAAGAGAAAUGCACUUGUUAAAUUAAGGUUAUGCCAAGAAUGUUCCUUUAAAUUAAAUUUUCAUCACAGGAGAAAAGAAGUCAAGUCAAAAAAAAGAAAGGAUAAAACCAAAAAAGAUUAUGAAGAGUCAUCACAUAAAAAAUCCAGAUUAUCUUCUGCAGAAGAGACCUCUAAGAAAAAGGAAAAAGGGCAUUCAUCCUCAAAGAAGUCAGAAAAGUCUGUAAACAGAAAUUCUGAUGAAGAAGAAGGUACUUCAGAAUCUGAACUUUGGAAGGGCCCCCUACCAGAAACAGAUGAAAAAUCACAAGAAGAAGAAUUUGAUGACUAUUUUCAAGAUUUAUUUCUGUGAGAUGGAAGAGAGAAGCCCACAUUCCUUAAUGUGAAAGUACACUUUGAAGCUCUUCACAAAAAUUUUAUCUACAAGUUGCAGCUUGAGUGGUUUAUCUUCAGAAAUAAAAAUCCAACUACUCUCAAGA